AUGGAGGCGGCGCUGAAGUGGCUCGCGGGGGUCCCGCUGCAGCAGCUGCUCUGCUGCGGCUCCGCCGUUCUCCUGGAGGACGCGGCCCGUCCCGAGCUGGGCGCGGGGGAGCAGCCGCACGAGCAGAGAAGCCUGGAGGAGAAGCAGAGGCGGGACGAGUUCUACGCCGCAAGGAAGGCCGAGCGCGCGGAGCUGCGGAGCCGCCUGCGGGAGAAGUACCGGCUCCCGGCGGACCCCGCCGUGGCGCAGCAUCGGGCCGGCCCCGAGUAUGCGACGCUGGACGUGUACAACCCCUUCGAGGGCCCCGGGCCGGUCCCGCCGUACCAGCCGCCCCCGGCCGCCGCGCCGCCCCCGCGGCGGCCGGGCCCCGCCGAGCCCAAGAACUACGGCUCCUACGGCACGCAGGCCUCGGCGGCAGCCGCCACGGCCGAGCUGCUGCGGCGCCAGGAGGAGCUCAACCGCAAGGCCGAGGAGCUGGACCGGCGCGAGCGGGAGCUGCAGAGCGCCGCGCUCGGCUCCGGCGCCGCGAGGCUCAACAACUGGCCGCCCCUGCCGUCCUUCUGCCCCGUGAAGCCCUGUUUCUACCAGGACAUCCCCGUGGAGAUUCCCGCCGACUUCCAGAAGACGGUGACCACCAUGUACUACCUGUGGAUGGCCAGCACCAUCGCGCUCUUCCUCAACUUCCUCACCUCGCUGGCCUGGUUCUGCGUGGAGCCCUCCCACGGCUCCGGCUUCGGCCUCUCCAUUCUCUGGGCUCUGCUCUACACGCCCUGCUCCUUCGUGUGCUGGUACCGGCCCAUGUACAGGGCCUUCAGGAGCGACAGUUCCUUCAACUUCUUUGUCUUCUUCUUCGUCUUCUUUGCCCAGAACGUCGUGUACGUGCUGGAGGCCAUCGGCAUCCCCAACUGGGGCUUCAGCGGUUGGGUCUUGACCUUCAUCGCGCUGAGGAAGAACACGGCCGUGGGCGUCAUGAUGGUCCUCGUGUCCGUGUUCUUCACGGCCGUGGCCGUGCUGGGCAUCGUCAUGCUCAAGAAGAUCCACUCGCUGUACCGCCGCACGGGCGCCAGCUUCCAGAAGGCGCAGGAGGAGUUUGCUGCCGGCGUCUUCUCCAACCAGGCGGUGCGCACGGCGGCGGCCAACGCGGCGGCGGGCGCUGCCACCGGCGCCUUCCGCGCGCCCUAG